AGUGUUUCGUAGCAGUGAGUGAAAUAUUUUUUCGUAGCACCUAACAAGUUCCUUUUGAGGAUGUCUCGGCACGUCCUGCUGUCGCGGCUGGCGGAGCAGUUUCAGCCAUCCUCGCCGCCUCCACCAGCUCACCGGUUCCCGUCUCCAGAAGGCAGUAUCUCUCCCCGCACCCCACCAUCGCCACGUUCGCCCCCGCGCUCGCCCGACUCUCUCUCACAUCAUCGACUAGACUUACUUCAGUUGGGUGACAUAGAAAUUGCUGGGAGAGCACUUAAACAAUACGCUCGGGCUACGGAGUUGGGAGCUCUGAUGUACUGCAGUGGUCUCGGAGCGCUGUACAGCGGUGCUGGAGUCUGGCCGCUGUUGAUGCCACGCGCUUCACCACCGUUCGUGCGUCCACCCAUCGACCACGCCAGACAUACACCACCCAGAGAUGAUGACGAGGAAGAGCUACCUCUCAAUUUGUCGACAAAAAAUCGCCAAAUAUGGUCACCAGGAAGCGCAUGUGAACGCGAAAAAGUAGAAAUUGGAGAAGAAUCGCCAAUUUCCCGAUGGGAACAUGAUGAGACCGACGCACCUCUCGAACUGGUCAAGAGGUGCCGCAGCAAUCCUGAUGAAGCUGAACGUCCUCCGAGUACAGAGCCGCGACGAUGCCCCUCAGCACCCGCACAUCAGACCUACCCAAUCAAACCUUCACCAACAGCAGAUCUCAAUUUCUCUCUUCUCCUCAAAAAUGAAAACAGAAAUGAAAAAUCAUUCCAACUAAAAAAUGUGGCGGACAUAUUUGUCUUGGCCGGAGACAUCUCGUCACGUCUCUGCCCUGUUCCGAAUGAUUUACAGCGGCCUUACAUGGUGCUCGUCCUCCCGAUAAAUGCCUCAUCAUCAAUAUUCCAAAAUGCGGCUCGGCCUGCAAUUAGCCGCGCAGCCUUCACAGCCCUUCACGUGCGCGCCGAUCGCGGUGAGAAGCCGCAUAAGUGUGUAGUAUGCUCUAAGGCGUUUAGUCAGAGUUCUAAUUUGAUCACACAUAUGCGCAAGCACACUGGCUACAAGCCAUUCUCGUGCGGGCUCUGUGAUAAGGCCUUCCAGCGCAAGGUGGACUUGCGUCGCCACCGCGACUCCCAGCACUCUGACGUCGCCGAACCAUCUGCCACCCUGCAGAUCCCGCACCGCUACAGGUAUUACGGCGACGAAUCACCAGCACCUCUCACACCCCUUGUCACCAAUUAAAUCGUCUUCGAUCCAGAAUAAGAAGCACGCCAUCAACAGUAUCUGUUGCUUAUAAUAUUGUGAAACCAAACUGGUAUUGAAAGUACCACAGUACAUAUUAGUAAACAGUUUACUAACAACAAGGAGAUCGUAAAAUUUUUAACGUAAGUUCCCAAAACAAGUAUACCUAAAGUGUAAAGCUACGAGAAAGACUUAUUGCGUUACAUAAAUCGGAAGGUUGUAUCAUAGGAGUUGUCUGUAAAUAAUUAUAUUUGUUACCUUUUAGUGCCUUAAGUAGAACCUGAAAAAUGUGUUGUUACUUAUUAACCAGGUUCUUAAUCGAACUACCUACUUGUAGCUUGAUAGAUGUGUAUAUUUUUAGUAUAAAACACUAUUAUGUCCGUCCCCUGACUCAGUGAUAUAAACAUAGAUAAUGGAACAGUUUGUACAUCAACUGUUCGACAGCAACCAGGUAAACAGUAAGUAAGUAAUAUGUAGUCUAUUAAUACCAAAGUAAAGUGUCUUAUUUAGUCGAGUGUGAAACGCUUUAUUUAUUUAGACUAGAACUAAAUAGGCGUCGUAUAUCUUAGUAUAUUUUUACCGUACAGUUGGCAUACAAUAUUUCUUUAUGUAUUACAUUUUAUGUGCAACAAAUGCCACAUCUUGGCCUCGAAUUGUUAAGUACACUUGUGUCAUUUUCUUCUUUACAUUUUAUGUCGUUCGUGUAAUAUAAAAUCUAUGUUUUCAAUUAAAUACAUAUAUAUAGGUAUCCUAAUUAUAUAUUCAACAAGAGUUAGAUGUCUUUGGAAACAUUAUUUAUAAAAUAUCAAGUGAUGUAUUGGUUUACCACACGAGAAAUUAUCUUGUUACCACUCAUUUGGUCUGUUACCACAAAGCGUUCUUUGGAGAAAAGUUUAAACUAAGUAUUUACGCCAUCUUAACGAUAUAUUACACCAUUAUUGAUAUUAUAAUAUAGUCGACGGAUAGCCUUAAAAUAUAGAUAUUGUAUAAGAUGGCAACACCGCACCAUUAUAAUUUUAUGUCACUAUUUUAGGUAAACAAAAUGCAAUUAUUAAUGUAUAAUUUUUCAUAAUGCAUUUACUUUAGAUAUAAGUUGUGUUCUAUAGGUAUCGAAAAAUAUAGACAUAGUUCAUUAGAGGCUAUACCUAAUGUCUAAUAUGAGACUGCACUAAAAACUAAUCUGAAACACUAUUUUUUGAUUGUGAAAUUAAAGCGGUUAGUUAGUGUUUUAUAUCAAUGUAAUUGAAGUGUGAAAUUAUAUAUUAUUGUAAAAAUCAGACGUACCUUAUUAUAUUUAGAUAGGUAUAGCACUUAUUACUAUACAGUCGCGUGUUUUCAUAUGUAAAAGUGACGUUGUUACUUGAAGACUUAACGGCUAGAACACCAAAGAGAGAGUACAGCGGUCAGCAACGAUUGAUUCGUCCAUACCUUACGACUUGGAGUGUGACUGAAUAAUGUGAACAACAUUAUUUAGGCGUUUAGAAUAAGCAACCCCUUACCCUUGUAAAAUAUUAAAUAAAAUACCAAAUUUUCACGUCAAAAUACUACGGUUAAACCGUCAAUCAAAUUUUCAAUGUUUUGGAAGCAUUAUUAGGUAUUGUAAAUGUAGACUAUUAUUUAAAUUAUCAAUAACCAUUUCUUUGAAUGUGGUAUCGUCAGUCAUUUGAUAAGUUUGAAUUUAAGUUGUAAUUUAUUAAGGCCAG